UUUGAGUGUGACUGUUUUGAUAGCAAGUUAUUUAUUUUGAUUUUAGAAAAGGGGAUUGGUAGGUAAAAGAUAAUAAUACCUCACAAUAUUUCAGGAAUAAUUUUUUUAUAUUCGACGCGCUUCAUUAAAAUCGAGAGUCCGACCUUGGAGACUCAAUUUUUGGGUAAAAUGCAUGUCAAUUAGAAAUGUCUGCGAACAUAAAUGUAUUUGGUUAAUUUACGAUUAAUUUCUUGUCUUUUUUUUUUAGAUGUAGAAUUGUAUUCCAUCAAACUCAAGGAAGCGAUAACAAAGCAAACAGAUUUGCUACCYAGAAGYKRAGAUCAAUCAAGGCUGCCCCUGAAAACUGACGAUAUUUUCACAAAUUUAACUGUAUACCAAGGCAAGCAAAAAUCUCUGCAAGAAAAAGCUGAAAAAAGUCAAUGCGCUCGAAAGACCGUGACUGAAAUCACAGAGAUAUUUGUCAGUGGCGAAAACGAAGAAGAGAAUCCCAAGUCAAUUCUAGUUUCAGGCGAACCAGGUAUUGGAAAAACACUGUUCUCGCACAAAAUCGUCAGAGACUGGUCAACAGAUUGCAUAUCGAUCCCUAACAUUAAAUUUACUUACCUGAUAACGUUCAGGCAACUUGUCAUGCUUGGCAACAAAGAGCUCACCCUCAGAGAACUGCUUAACCUCUCCCCGCUGUUGAACGAAAGAACCAUGAUAGACGAGAAAGUGAUGGCACACAUCGCUCAGCACUCGGACCAGUUAUUUAUUAUUUUCGAUGGAUUUGAUGAAUACAAAGACCACAAUGAAUUAUUGGGAGAUUUUGAAAGACAAUUUGAAAAUGAUACUAAAACCAAGAUGCCGGUAGCUGCUCUGAUCAGCAAACUAAUCCAAAGGAAGAUCUUGCGCGACUCAGUCAUCAUAAUAACUUCAAGACCGGGCGAAGCCGACGAGUUGGACAAAAAACUCCACUUUAACAGAUGUGUGGAAAUUACGGGAUUCUCAGAAGAACAGGUCCUUCAAUAUGUUGAGAAGUAUUUUAACUCUAAACCAGAAGAAGUAAAAAAGAUGGCCAUGGAGAAAGUCAAAGCAACCGCACAUUACAUGUCAUUUGGUCGCGUCCCUCUGAGGUGUUUGUUCGUGUGCCAAGUAAUCGAGUAUGAAAUCCAAAAUAACAUUACUAGAGAUAAUUCAAUUCCUCUAAAACUUACACAGUUUUAUUGUGAAGUUAUUAGAUGUCUAGAGAGGAAUAAUAGAGAAAUCCGUAGUCUAGAUGAGGAAGCGUUGUUGUUAGCUGUUGAGAAAACUUUGGAUAAUUUUUCUAAACUAGCCGCACAGUUGUAUCAACAAAAUCGUUUCACUUUUUCUCAACAAGACUUAAAAAAGCUAAAAUUACCAGAAGUUGAAAUAUCUUACCUUAAAUCAAGUAAUUUAAUAUUUUGUUAUCCUGUUGCCAGUGAUUCUCCAUUCCCACAAACAACUCUUGAAUAUAGUUUCUCACAUUUAACCAUUCAAGAGUUUUUUGUUGCUUGUCAUUUGGUGAAGAAGCGCUCAAUGGCGGUACAAGAAACCUCUAACAUGGUGCACAUAUUCACGAGUGGUUUGUUGGGUUUAGAUCAGGAGAACAACAACGAUAAAUGUAUGUCGAAAGUACUAGAGUCUGUAUGGAAACAAGGGAUGCAUGAUUGGAGACAACGCGUUAUGUUAUUGCGCUGUCUCCAUGAGUACGGCCUAGAGAAAGAAUUCACACGACAAGAACUGACUACAAAUCGUGACUACAGAUACUGGACUAGUGAUGGGUGGAUUGGAUUAGAUGGUGUAACCGACACGGACUUUGAUGCACUCGCUAUGUUAUUAGAAUCCACUGCUACAUCAAUAUCAUCACCACCACACAGAUUACACACUGUUUUGUCAUGGUUUACUCGUGUCAAGUCAUCACCACCACACACAUUGGGCAUUUAUGACUCACAGAUAACCAUUACCAUGUUAAAUAGAUUGUUGUCAUCUCUUCAUUCAAACUCCACAAUCACUAGACUGAGGCUGGUGUCGUGUGGUUUGAAUGAUGAUCACGUAAAGUGUUUGUGUAAAUAUUUAAUCAACAUUCACAUCACCUCGCUAGACCUGUCUCACAAUAACAUAACAGAUGUAGGGGUGGAUCACAUUGUACAUAGUAACAUAGCUAGUAAACUAACCGAUCUAAACCUGUCUUCUAAUAACAUAACAGAUGUAGGGGUACAUCACAUUGUACAUAGUAACAUAGCUAGUAAAAUAACCGAUCUAAACCUGUCUUCUAAUAACAUAACAGAUGUAGGGGUGGAUCACAUUGUACAUAGUAACAUGGCUAGUAAAAUAACCGAUCUAAACCUGUCUUCUAAUAACAUAACAGAUGUAGGGGUGGAUCACAUUGUACAUAGUAACAUGGCUAGUAAAAUAACCGAUCUAAACCUGUCUUCUAAUAACAUAACAGAUGUAGGGGUGGAUCACAUUGUACAUAGUAACAUGGCUAGUAAAAUAACCGAUCUAAACCUGUCUUCUAAUAACAUAACAGAUGUAGGGGUGGAUCACAUUGUACAUAGUAACAUGGCUAGUAAAAUAACCGAUCUAAACCUGUCUUCUAAUAACAUAACAGAU